AUGAACCAAGCCUGCACUGUCCUAAUUUCUUCAGAUGGAAAACUGAGCUCAAUUGAUUUAGCAACGUUGCGUGCUGAUCUUGAGAGUAAGGACAUUCAAAAGAAAAGAAAUGCUGUAAAAUCGGCUAUCAUUCAAAUGUCGAAUGGAAAGGAUAUGAGUGAUCUUAUCAUGACCGUAAUCCGUUUCUGUGUCACGGUGGACGAUCACGAGUUGACAAAGCUCCUUCAUAUCUUUUGGGAGUGUGCUCAGAAGUGCGAUGAUAAGGGCGAGUUGAAGCCUGAAAUGAUUCUGGUUUGCAACGCCAUCAUGAACAAUCUCAAGCAUGCGAACGAAUAUAUCCGUGGCUGCACCCUACGCUUUUUGUCAAAGAUCACUGAAGAUGAGAUUCUAGAACCUUUGGUGCCAUACAUUAAAGAGAAUCUGGAGCAUCAUUCUGCCUAUGUGCGAAAGAAUGCCGUUCUCACAUGGUACUUUUACCCAAUCCCCCUAAUUCCAAGCUAUUCCAUCUACAAACUGCAUGGAGACCGCCUCAUGAGUGACAUUCCGGAUUACAUCUACGAGCUUCUCGGCAACGAAACCGACCUCUCGACGCGUCGCAACGCCUUCGCCUUCCUCAUGGACUGCAAGCAAUCCCUCGCGAUCGAGUUCCUCGAGAACAACUGCGACGAAAUCGGCCACUUCGGCGACUGUUUCCAGCUCGUCGCUUUGGAGUUGAUCCGCAAGGUCUGCAUGGAGGAGUCCUCGCAGAAGGGCCGAUUCAUCAAGCCUCUCCAGAGCAUGCUUAACUCCGACUCUCCCUCCGUGGCUUUCGAGUCCGCCACGACUCUCGUCACGCUCUCCAGCGCUCCCUCCGCUGUGAAAGCGGCCGCGAACACGCUGCUCUCGCUGCUGUCCUCGCAGACGGACAACAACGUGAAGAUCGUGAUUCUGGACCGUCUCUCCGUGAUCAUUCGACACAACUGCCGCCUGCUGGAGGAUUCGGUCAUGGAGCUGCUGGCGCUGCUUCGCACGCCGUCCACCAAGAUCCGAAGCUCGCUGCUGGAGCUGGGCGCGCUGCUGGUGAGCGAUCGGAGCAUCGCGGAGGUGAUGAACUUCCUGAAGGGCGAAGUGGUGCGCACAGCGAGCGACUCCGACGAACUGGGUCGCGAGUAUCGCGAGCUGCUGAUCCACAGCAUUCACUCGCUCGCGGUGCGGUUCCCUGUGGUGGCGGACACCGUGAUUCUGCUGCUUCUCGACUACCUGAACAGCGACAGCGGCGUGAGCAUUCUCUCGCUGGUCAAGGAGAUGCUGCUGCAUCAGCCCGCGCUCGUCGAUUCCGUGCUGGCCAAGCUCUUCGAGGUCUUCUCCUCUCUCGAGAAGGAAGACGUGAUUCUCUCCGCCCUCUGGAUCAUCGCCGAGUUCACUCCCAUCGCCUCCCUUCCUCAGGCCAUCCAAACCAUCCUCGUCCUCUCGCUCUUCUCUCUUCAUUCUAGGACGCCGUCGGUCGCUCCCGAGGCCGCCGCUGCGCCCGUUUCCGCUCCCACCGUCCUGCAAGACGGAACCUACGCGAGCCAGAGCUACGUCGCGACCGACGCUCCCGCCGAGACGUCCGUGCUGCCGCUGCGCCACUUGCUGGUGGAGCCCUCGUUCUUCGCGUGCUCGGUGCUGAGCAACGCGCUGGCCAAGCUGUGCAUCAACCUCGAGCGAAGCGACGCGGCUGGAAAGCAGCAGCUGCGCGAUCUGAAGCUGCAGAGCUUGCUGGUGAUGACGGAGCUGCUCGCAGAGUACGAGAAUUCGAUGGACGAGCUGGAUCGCGAGCGGAUCGAGUUCUUCGUGCGCGCAUUGCUGGACCCUGUGGUGGGCACGCUGCUGCACGACCAGAUUCUGAAGAUGUCUCGCGAAGGUAGGAAGCAGAGGAGCGAAUCAAACGAAGUGUUCGAGAAGAUGGUGGCGCACAGCAGCAAGAAGGAAGAGAAGGAUUUGGGACUGCGUCCGGCGCACAGCGAUGUGGACGAAGUGAUCGUGUUCAAGCAGCUGCGCGAUAAAUCCUCGCUGGGCAUCAUGAUCGACAUCGACGACAACGCGGCGGUCGAAAAGGCGACGGAAUUCGAUAAGGAAAUGACGUACAACGAGAAGCUGAAUCGCGUCCAUCAACUCACCGGCUAUUCCGACCCGGUUUAUUGCGAGAGCGUGGUGUACAUGAAAGACUUCGAUAUCAUCAUGGAGAUCACCGUGAUCAACCGCACGAACCGCACGAUGACCGAUCUCGCCGUGGAGCUUUCUGUCACGGGAUCGUUCAGCAUCAUCGAUAAGCCCGGCCGAAUCACGCUGGACGCUGGCGAACGUCGCGAGCUGCGCGCGAUCAUCAAGGUGAACUCGACGGAGACGGGCUACAUCUUCGGGUCGAUCACGUUCUCGUACAGCAGCAGCGCGGAGCACGCCGUGGUGAAUCUGAACGAAGUGUACGUGAGCCUGAUGGAGUACAUCAAGCCGGCGGACUGCGACUCGAAGGCGUUCCGCACGAUGUGGUCUGCGUUCACGUGGGAGAACAAAAUAUCGGUGAACACGAAUCUGAACUCGCUGGCGGGUUUGAUUCAGCGCAUUGCGGAUGUGACGCACAUGAAGAUCGUGUCCGACUUCGAUCCGGAGACCGACGCGGAUUUCAUGGCGGCGAAUCUUUAUGCUCGCUCUCUGUUUGGAGAAGACAUUCUGCUGAACGUGAGUGUGGAGAAGACGCCGAUGGGCGUGAGCGGAUAUUACCGCAUUCGAAGCAAGACGCAGGGCGUGGCGAUUUCGUUGGGAGAUGUGAUCAAGAUGAAGCAGAAGAAUCUGUGGAGUGUUUGUUCGAGAACCAAACAGGAAAGAGAAUGUACGAAAUAUAGCUCGAGUUGGUCGAGAUCAAAUCCCAGUCGUCCGGAGAAAACUCCUUCUUGA